AAAUAAGUGACACCUCCGCCAACUGAAGACAUUUCCAUAUUCAAUAGGGAGACAGGAGGUGGUGUUUAACCGGACCUGCAGGACUUAAAUGGAUGCGCAACACACUUCCUCUGUGACUCUCAUUCACAUGUCUUUAUCGGAGGGCUGCAGCGAUAAUCCGCUUAAAUCCCAGUCAACAGAGGCGGAGCAAAAGCUCUCAGUGCGUUUUCCAGUUUCCUCCCCGCAUUCACUGCGAGGCGUCUGUGCGCGGUGCGUGGCCGUUUACCGCGAUGUGUCAUGUUGCGUUUUGUGUAGAGUAGCUGUGCGAAUCGGUGCGUCGGAGAGGGGAGCAGAUGCCGCUCUUGCCAUGACUUGUCCCAGGAUGCAGAGCUUUCAAGCGGCGUUGAUCUUUCUGUCUGUCGCCCAGCUGACUGCAGGUCUGAAGUGUGUGUGCCAGCUGUGCGCCAACCACACCUGUGAGACGACUGCAGACGGCGCCUGCUGGAACUCUGUGAUGCUGAUUGAUGGGAAGGAGGAGACGGUCAAGUCCUGCCUGUCGCCCUCUGAAAUGAAGGGCCAGGUCUUCUGCUACAGCUCCCGCAAUGUCUCCAAGAGGAACUGCUGCUUCACUGAUUUCUGUAACAAUGAGACUCUGCACCUACGUCCCGAGAGGCCUUUGGGAGAACCCGGUUGGAGCAGGCUGCACCUUGUCGUGCUGAUCCUGGUGCCCUCCUGCCUGUUGUGUGUGGGGAUCCUGCUGGGUGUGUUUGUUGUGCAGGGCCACCGCUGUGCCUGCAGCAGAGCCCACAAACAGGACCCAGAAGAGCCUCUGGAUGACCAGAUGCUAAUGUCACCUGACAAAUGUCUCAAAGAUCUGAUCUAUGACAUGAGCACCUCGGGUUCUGGAUCUGGUUUGCCACUGCUGGUCCAGCGGACCAUAGCUCGGACCAUUGUCCUGCAGGAGACCAUUGGGAAGGGUCGAUUUGGGGAGGUGUGGCGGGGAAAGUGGCGAGGGGAGGAUGUGGCGGUGAAGAUCUUCUCCUCCAGAGACGAGAGGUCGUGGUUUCGUGAAGCAGAGAUUUAUCAGACAAUCAUGCUCAGACACGAGAAUAUCUUGGGCUUCAUUGCUGCCGACAACAAAGACAAUGGCUCAUGGACCCAGCUCUGGUUGGUGUCAGAGUAUCAUGAGCAUGGCUCCCUGUAUGACUACCUGAACAGGUACACAGUCUCUGUGGAAGGCAUGAUCAUCCUUGCUUUGUCCAUAGCCAGUGGCCUGGCACAUCUUCACAUGGAAAUCAUUGGCACGCAGGGGAAACCUGCCAUUGCUCACAGAGACCUAAAGUCAAAAAAUGUGCUGGUUAAGAAGAAUGGCACAGCAGUCAUCGCAGAUUUGGGUUUGGCUGUGAAACACGACUCCAGCACCAACACCAUCGACAUACCAUCCAACCACAGAGUGGGAACAAAGAGGUACAUGGCCCCGGAAAUCUUGGAUGAGACGAUCAAUAUGCACAGCUUUGAGUCAUUCAAGAGGGCGGAUAUCUACUCGCUUGGUCUGGUUUUCUGGGAACUGGCCCGACGAUGCUCCGUUAGGGGGCUUCAGGAAGAUUUCCAGCUGCCUUACUAUGACCUGGUGCCUUCGGAUCCGACCAUCGAUGACAUGAGGAAGGUGGUGUGCGAGCAGAAACUCAGGCCCAACGUUCCCAACCAGUGGCAGAGCUGUGAGGCUCUGCGUGUGAUGGGUAAACUGAUGAGGGAGUGCUGGUACGCCAACCCUUCCGCUCGACUCACUGCUCUGCGGGUCAAGAAAACUGUGUCUCAGCUGUCCGUCAACAAGGACGCCAAAGAUUAGACUUAUCUGUUGGAGCUGCAGAUCAGCACCGGUGCAGGCACUGGUGCAACACGACGGACUGAAGGUUGUUGGAUGAAAACAGGGAGAAUCUGCACUCUUUAACUGCCUGAGGGUGCCCUCUUCAGGACAGAAGCACACUGUUCACCCCCAGAGGGCAGAUUUAGGAUGUUUUUGGUGCCAAAGUAUUGCAGGCGAGUGUCUGUUGCUGCUUAGCCCACAGACACCACAUAAGACAAUGUGAAACAAACAGCUGAAGGAAGAGCCAUAUGAAGUAAGAGAAUAAAGAGUAUUUUGCUACCUCAACACAUUGAAGUGCCCAAAGCUUAAAGUUGCACAUUGUGAAGUUUUCGUGCCAUAUCUUGUAGCAAACACAGUAUUGCUGGUAGGUUGUGUGCUAACUGACAAUCACAAAGGAAACUGGCCCCUGGAGAGCAGCUGAUAAUACCCUAACUGGUACUGAGUUGUUAAAAAUGACGCUUUGAUGCUCUAAAGUUUUUGAUGUGCUUGUGCAGAGUCGCUACAGUUCGGUUGUAGCUAAACGGUUUGCUUUAAGCUCUGAGGAAAGGUUCCUAUACACUUAACAGGAAGACAACUGCGUGUGUUUCCAAGUGGAAGACGCCCUUUAGCUGAAUGUAUCCAAGUGGGGUUUGAUAUGUUCUAACCACUGUGAGUCGGUCCAUCGGUCGCUCCUUCUGUUGAGUACUGAAUGGAUUUGGCGCCCUCCAAAGGAUGUAUUGUAAUAAUAUUGAUGUUUCGAUGACUGUAAGUCAAUCCAGCUUAAGCUAAUAUGAGUGAAGCCUUUGGCUGCCUAAAGUCAUCACAGUAAACUCUGGCCAAACUUUAAAUAUUUAGUCAGACUAGUGGUAAGACUUAGAAAGUUUUCACUCUGUAUUUUUACAGCCUCCUGGGAUUAUUAAAGUGGUUACAGCCUUUUUUUUCUCUUCUUUACUUUAAGAGAAGCUAUAAAUUCCUGUAAGAAAGUUUGCACAUUUAAAGUGUUCAGUUGUUGAAUAGAGCUGCUGUCUGGCAGCUGAGUGCUAGCUUGUUGACAAAAAGCUCAUUCAUGAAUGUGAAAGGUUUGGCUGAUGUUUUGUCUCGAAUGUUUAUUCGCACUGAAAUUCAAUCUUAGCUGCCCUAAUGCACAAGUCAAGACUUUAUAAUAAUUUAAUUUUAACAGGGAAAUCUAAAAACUACAUAUAGUACAUCUCCAUUUUUACAAGCCUGGUACUGGUUUACAGCAGGUUUUCUGUUAUACCAGAUAAUAAUUAGUAAACAUGGGCAGAUCUUGAUAAAGCAAGAGGAAAAAAAAUGUGUUCAGAUGUUGAAGAUAUUUCACAUGGUUUGUGUGAUGGGUACACACUGGAUCACUUGUGCAGCUGCAUGCUGAGGCCUGUAAAGCCUUGUCAUAGCAGGUUAAGGGGAAAGUGCCCACGGGCAAAUCUGUACACCCUGUGUGCUUAUGUAUGUGUGCAGGAGUCCCUGUGUGUGCAUGCGACUGUGUGUGUGUGUGUGUGUUUCAUAUCAUGCGAAGAGACCUUGUAUUUUAAAGACGUGAAUCUGAGUAAUGAUUGUGGCGUGUGUGAAACCAAUGCUGGGGAGAAAAGCUUUCCCAUCCAGCAGAGCUUUUAAUUCACGUUUAGCUCCGCAUACACAGUUAUGCUCAUGUUUGUAGCUGCUAAGGCGAGUUGCACACUUUCAUGUAGCUGCUCGGCCCAAGUGUUGACACAUAGGAAUAUUCUGCUGUUGUGAUUACUGGAUGACAUGUAGCAUCAGCUGUGUUGCCUCUUGAAAAUAAGCUAUGUACAGCAGUCUGUUGCUCUCUUGGCAAAUACAAGUUCAUUUCCUGUCUGUCUUUCAUUUUAUUCUUUCUGUGAAAUUGUUAGUUGACUUUAAUCAUGGAAUCAUGUGACUCUGUGAUGCAGAUUGCAGACAGGAUAUACCGAGUCUGUGGUAUUCAGUCGUAUACCAUUGAAAAUAAUCAUGAAGUAAAUUUUUUGGGGGGGUUUUCUAUCUGAUGUUCUCUGCUGAGCCAAGCUUAUAUUUUGUCUGUUCUGUCACAUCUGCUUCUUCAAGAACCGGGUGACACCGAGAAGAACUGAGAACUAAGCAUAUAAUGACUUAUCAGUCAUUCCAAAGAGGAAUGAUCACCGUGUGCAAUUUCUGACUGGUGUCUUUUUUACAUAGAUAUUUUGUGUAAAAUUACUAAACAAAGGUGACACCACUUUCACAAAAUUAUUUUUUUUUUAACCCAUCCGGUUAUUUGGAUUCACUGUUUUGAACUUCUGUGAAACUGUUUUGUGUUGUUGGUCAGGUUUUCUUGCCACUGUAUUGUAUCUUAUCUCUUGCACUAUUUAUUCUGUAUAGAAAUAUGUGAUAUGAGUGGGUCAAUAAACAGCUUUUCAUGGA